AUGGAUGUGAAAACGACGCCGCUGAGGUUCACUUUGGGGAAGCAGUCGUCGUUGGCGCCGGAGUGUGAAUGGGAGGAGCUCGUGGGCGAGGGGGAGGAUGAUCCGGAGGGGAUCGAUCCCCGAGUGAAGCUCAUGUAUUUGGCCAAUGAAGCCGAUUUGGAUGGGGUCAAGGAGCUGUUGAACUCCGGGAUCGAUGUGAAUUUCAAGGACAUCGAUGAUCGGACGGCUCUCCAUGUCGCCGCUUGUCAGGGCCUCACCGACGUCGUUUCGCUACUGCUCGAGCGCGGUGCUGACGUUGACCCCAAAGACCGAUGGGGAAGCACCCCUCUUGCAGAUGCUAUAUACUAUAAGCAUAACGAUGUGAUCAAGCUUUUGGAGAAGCGUGGGGCAAAGCCUCUGAUGGCUCCCAUGCACGUUAGGUAUGCCAGAGAAGUCCCAGAAUAUGAAAUUGAUCCCAAAGAACUUGACUUUACCGACAGUGUUGAAAUAACCAAGGGAACAUACCGUAUAGCAUCCUGGCGAGGAAUACAGGUUGCUGUGAAAAGGCUGGGGGAGGAAGUGCUUGUUGAUGAGGAUAAAGUGAAGGCAUUCAGGGAUGAGCUUGAAUUUCUUCAAAAGAUAAGACAUCCAAACGUAGUCCAAUUUUUGGGUGCAGUGACUCAAAGCAGUCCAAUGAUGAUUGUAACAGAAUAUUUGCCUAAGGGAGACCUUUGUGCAUUUUUGAAAAAAAAAGGAGCAUUAAGGCCAACUACAGCUGUAAGAUUUGCACUUGAUAUUGCAAGGGGAAUGAGUUAUUUGCAUGAGAAUAAGCCAGAAGCAAUAAUUCAUCGUGAUCUUGAGCCUUCGAAUAUAUUGCGGGAUGAUUCCGGACACCUGAAAGUUGCGGAUUUUGGAGUUAGCAAGUUGUUGACAGUUAAAGAGGAUAAACCUUUGAUUUGUCAAGACACUUCAUGUCGAUACAUAGCUCCUGAGGUUUCCAAGAACGAAGAAUAUGAUACCAAAGUAGAUGUAUUCUCUUUUGCUCUAAUUCUACAAGAGAUGAUAGAAGGCUGCCCACCAUUUUCUGCCAAGCAUGAUAAGGAAGUUCCAAAAGCAUAUGUUGAAAAAGAGCGCCCACCUUUUAGAGCUCCACACAAGCUUUAUGGACAUGGUCUGAGAGAGUUGAUUGAGGAGUGCUGGAAUGAGAAUCCAGCUAAAAGACCAGCUUUUAGGCAAAUAAUAUUGAGGCUGGAAUCUAUUCAUAACUCUCUUGGUCAUAAAAGGCGUUGGAAGCCAGUAGAAGUUGCUAUUUCCAGCUUGGUGACAGAAAGAAAGUUAUCAAAGCAGCAGAGGAUGGUUGUUCCUUUGCAGACUAUUCAAAUGCCAAGGAACUUACAUUUAGCUAGUGGUUUUCUUGUCAAAUCCUUGCUCAAUAUCAGUAUUCGUGGGCGACUUCUUGUUGGUGGAGGUGAUAAAGUUGCUAUAGUUGAUGUUGCAACGAUGACAGCAGACAAAACCAAUGUUAAGUCCCUUUUCAAGAAUGGUGUUCGAUUUGAAAUUGUGCGUCUUACUUUCAAUCCAGUGGUGGAGAAUUAUCUUGCGCUCCCAAGCUGCUUGGCAGAGUCUAUAUUUGCAAUUUAUGGGAAAAUCUUAUCUGAGGCUACAUUUUGGAUAAUACCCAGAGCUUUUGCAUCCUUCAUGAGGAUUGCAGCUAGGGGCAACAAUGAUGGAGAAGAGCUAGUUGGUUCUUCGGGAGUCUGCCUCCCAGCUUCCUCCCGAUACUCCGCUCCAGUCUGUGGAUCCUUCACAAGAUGCGAGGUUUCAGAUCCUGAAGGAGACCUUGGAUCAGACUCUUGGGAGAAGGCCAGGGACAUAUUGUCAGGUGACUACUUUGAUAGUAGUCUAACAUUUUACCGUAGUGUUAGGGUUUGGCCAUGUCCUCAUGGUGAAGUGACUGAUCGUCUUGCCGUUGUACUGGCACUGCAAGGUGCAUAUGUCAUACGGGUUGAUUGGAGAGGAAUAAUGUAUGUCACUUGA